AUCCUUGGGUGGCCUUUUCCCCUGAACAACAGUGUGCUUUCUGGCCGGUUUGGCAGGUGACAGAUGUUUCCCAAUCUUGAUCUAGCCUGUAAUUUAUGUGGGUUUUGUUUGGUCAUUCUAGCGUGCACAGACGUGUUGCAGUACUCUGAUCACCUCAGCCUCCAUAUAAAGGAGGAUCCUCCUAUCCUAAACGAAAUGUGAGAGAUUCCAGGGAAGUAGUGGUGUUUGGGAUGCUAGUUUAGGGGUUCCUGUUUGACCAGCCCUGCCAAGCACAGCCAAAGGACAAUGCUGAUGGUCGUAUGAGCUAUCACGGAAACUCAUCCUGAGAAAGAGCAGCAGCCUAUACUCCAGAUGCUUUCUAUAACAUACUCAUGCAGACAGCCUGCGUGGAACAGCACUAAUACCUCAUCCACUGUCAGGCAACAUGGUGGAGUGGUGUUUACCCCAAGAUGUUGAUUUGGAAGGCGUGGAAUUCAAAUCUAUGGCAAGUGGGUCCCACAGAAUCCAGUCGGAUUUCAUUUAUUUCCGGAAAGGGCUCUGUUUUGGCCUGGCCUGCUUUGCCAACAUGCCUGUGGAGAGCGAGCUAGAGCGUGGUGCCCGCAUGAAGUCCGUGGGGAUUCUGUCCCCUUCCUACACCCUGCUGUAUAGGUACAUGCACUUCCUGGAGAACCAGGUGAGACACCAGUUGGAGAUGCCAGGGCACUACUCCCAUCUAGAGGCAUUCUAUGAUGACAAGAAAGGAGUUCUCCCCAGUAGCAACGGCACCUCCAACUCUCAGCAACCUGUCCACUGGCUGCCAUCCAUCCACAGAUACAUGUACCCAGAGAUGAAGAUCACACACCCUGCUGGCUGUAUGUCUCAGUUCAUCAAAUUCUUCGGUGAGCAGAUCCUUGUCCUCUGGAAGUUUGCCCUGCUGCGCAAGCGCAUAUUGAUAUUUUCACCACCCCCAGUUGGAGUUGUCUGCUAUAGAGUCUACUGCUGCUGUUGCCUUGCCAAUGUUUCUCUGCCUGGUCUUGGAGGAACUGUCCCAGAGUCCAAACCAUUCUUCUAUGUGAAUGUGGCAGACAUAGAAAUGCUGGAGACAGAAGUAUCCUAUGUGGCCUGCACAACAGAAAAGAUCUUUGAGGAGAAACGGGAUCUCUAUGAUGUCUAUGUGGACAACCAGAAUGUGAAGACGCAUCACGAGCAUCUCCAACCACUCCUGAAAAUUAAUAAUGCUGACAAGGAGAAGUACCGGCGGCUCAAUGACCAGAGGCAGAUGUUAAUGUAUUCUCAGGAAGUGGGUGAUGAUUGUAACUCCUGUGAAGAGGACCUUUUCAUCUUGUUUUUCAUGGAGCAGAACAACCGCAUAUUUCAGACGCUGAUGGAGGUGUCGGCCAGCCAGGACAAGACACUGACAGCUGACCAUGCACGAGGCAUGGGCCUGGAUCCCCAAGGGGAUCGAAGUUUCCUUUUGGACCUGCUGGAAGUAUAUGGCAUCGAUGUUAUGCUAGUUAUUGACAACCCCUGCUGCACUUAAACCAUGGGCAAGAGAUGGGGAGCAAAGAUCACUUUUUAAAGACUACCAGACAUUGCUUAGGAGGAUCACUGGAACUCGCCGCAGCCACAGUUACUAAAUAAUAUUAAAGGGAGAAUAUUUAUAAUUUUAAAACAAAAUGUGAUUUUAUUUUCUCUCCCUCAACCUCCCAGUGAGUACCUGCUCCAGGUUUGGUUUUGUUUGGUAUUCGGUUUUGUCUUCCUUUCUCUUUCAUCUGUGUUUUGUUUUUUGG